UUUCUAUAGCAUUCACUUAUAUUUUUAAUAUCCAGAAUUUACAAUCAACAUACAACACAAGCUGUACACAGUUUGUACAAAUUCCCUAUUCUAUCCUCUAUACAACAAGGUCCAUAACAAGCCCCUUCGCCGUCUGAACCCAGUGAAUAAAAACAAAAAGAAAAGUGCCGCAUGAAAGAUUCCCCCCAUUAAUCCAGAUGUCUUCCCCCCGUAACACAGCAAAAAACAGAGAUAAAAUGAAGAAAUAAAAAUUUUGUAGAAAAUCGAAAAUGCCUCUUUGUGUGAAUCUGCCCAGCGUGCCUUUUUUUUUUUACUUGUGGAUUGCUCUCUCUCUUGCUGAUUUCCGGUUUCUGCUCUACGUUGAGGUCCCAGAUCGUGCUCCUGCUUCGGGCGAGUGCCCCUCUGCUGUCCGUGCUCUGCUUCCAUUUCCAGAGUGUGUUUCGGUGUAUACCUCCUGCAGCUUGCGUCCCAGCCGUCCCAGGCUCCCAGCUUGUCUCUGCGUGAUCCACUGUGCAGGUUUGGUGAUUGGCGUGAUCGUGCUCCACGUCCAACGACUGACAUCGGUGGAAAAUAUCUCGAAUGGUGCACUUGGAUUGACCACGAUGGCACCAUCGGGGUGCAUUCAUGCUACCAAGUGAUGCCGAAGACAUGAUUAAUCCAACUUCUCUUCCCCAUCUGUGGUCGGAGAAGUUUCUUCCGCCAAGCAGAAGUAUCAAUCGUUGGAAGAUAUUGAAUUGAACGUAAUUUGGGGAAAAUUUUGUGAUCUAUGGAAGGUGGUCGAUGUAAGUGGAACUGGUUGCAAUGUUGCAUCAUGGCUUGCGUCCGGAUACACCGCUUCGUUGACGGCAACAUGAAUAUUUAUAUUUUUAUAGAUAGACUCGAAGAAAUUUGUGUUUUACGGCAAGGUGGUCAAUCAAAAUGUAAUUGGAGCAGGUUUGUAUGGCGUCAUGGCUUGCGUCCGGAUACAAACACGGAAAUGGUGUUUUAUAAGAAGUCGGUGCGAAGAGGGACAGAAAAAGUGGUGGUGCAGAAAAGGUACCAAGGAGAAAGAAUGAGUGGUGGAGCAGAGAAGGUCGUGUGCGUAACCGGAGCGUCAGGAUACAUUGCGUCGUGGCUGGUGAAACUCUUGCUCCAACGCGGAUACACUGUCAAUGCCUCUGUUCGUGACCCAAAUGACCCAAAGAAGACAGAACACUUGCUUAUGCUGGAUGGAGCUAAGGAAAGACUUCAUUUGUUUAAAGCAGACUUACUGGAAGAAGGAUCGUUUGAUUCCCUGGUUGAUGGAUGUGAGGGCGUUUUUCAUACAGCCACUCCUGUUUAUCUCAGUGCCAACAAUCCUCAGGCUGAAUUAAUUGAGCCAGCUGUGAAGGGAACACUUAACGUUCUUAGAUCAUGUGCUAAAGUUUCAUCUGUUAAAAGGGUGGUUAUAACAUCUUCAAUGGCAGCGGUUGUAUACAAUGGAAAACCCCUUACUCCUGAUGUGUUAGUUGAUGAGACUUGGUUUUCAGAUCCAGCUUUUUGUGAGGAAUCGAAGCUUUGGUAUAUGCUUUCAAAGACCUUGGCAGAGAAGGCUGCUUGGGAAUUUUCCAAAGAAAAUGGAAUUGACAUGGUAGCAAUGCAUCCUGGGUGGGUGAGUGGUCCCCUUUUACAGCCAAUUAUCAAUACAAGUUUGGAGCCAUUUCUCAAACUUGCGAAAGGUGCUGAAAGUAUUCCAUUUAUGUCUCCCAGAUGGGUUGAUGUUAGAGAUGUUGCUAAUGCACAUAUACUAGCCUUCGAGAAUCCAUCAGCCAGUGGAAGAUAUUGUUUAGUUGGAAGAGUUCUCCAAUUUUUUGAGUUUGUGAAGCUUAUGCAUGAACUCUUCCCUGAUAUAAACAUUCCUGAAAAAUGCGGAGAUGACCAUCCUUUUGCAUCAUCCUACAUGGUAUCCAGGGAGAGAGCAGAAAGUUUAGGCCUUAACUUCACUCCUGUGGAGGUGACUUUAAAGGACACUUUUGAAAGCUUGAGGGCGAGUAACUUCUUCAAUAUCUGAUUCAUAGCGCAUAGGCAACUCAUGCUAAGUUGUUAUAAAUAAACUUUGCCUACCCUUCAAUUUUUACGUUUCAAACAUCACUGGCAUCAGCUGGACUGCCUAUUUUUGCAAUAUUGCAGAAUGCAUUUCAUAAUAAUGAUUUCAUAAAGCAAGUGUAACUUCUACACUUUUGCUUUUCAAACAUAAUAUUUAUGCAUUUUCGAGUAUAUUUCCUAUGAUAGUAUUGAAAUUGUUUUAGUUACUA